AUGACAUUCGCGCUUCCUUCAAUCAGUCAACCCAAUAUCGAAUUGGUUCCGCUUGAUCUCGCCUUGUUGCCUCUUCGUCCGAAGAUGACUGUCUCAGCUUGCUCCGACAUUAUGCAAGACUUGGGCAAAGAGGGGGGCGGUAGUGGACGGAAACGUUGCGAGGAACUGUCGAUUCGGUCAACUUCCGAGGUACUCGUCGCGCAUCCAUAUGAGGAAUAUAACUGA